AUGUCAGAAGGCGGCUCUGCAGGGGAGCCGGGCCCCGCAAGAGGGGGCCAACCUUCGUUGGUCGGGGCCCCGGGGUUUAUCCGACAGCAGCCCCCGGCCCCCCUCACCAUGGGCCGCCUCCCUUCUAUUCGUUCCAGAGACCUCACCCUCGGGAUCUUCAAGAAGAAAACCUUCACUCCUAACAUCAUUAGCCAGAAGAUCAGGGAAGAGCCAAAAGAAGAAAUAUUAGUCAAGAAAGAAAAACGAGAGAGGGACCGAAACUGGCAAUGAGAUGAGCAUGGUCGGGGGAGAGGUCGUCCAGAAGUGAUCCAGUCUCAUUCCAUCUUUGAACAGGGUCCUGCAGAAAUGAUGAAAAAGAAAGGAAGCUGGCAUAAGACCGUGGAUAUGUCAGACUUUGGCCCAUCUCAUAUUAUCAACAUUAAAAAGGAGAAGAGGGAAACGGAUGAGGAAACAAAACAAAUUCUCCGAAUGCUAGAGAAAGAUGAUUUUAUAGAUGACCUGGGGCUCAAGAAUGACACCGGCAAUAAACCCAUGCAGCUUCCUCUGGCCCACUUGGGGUGGCUUUUUAAAGAAGAGAACAAGGAACCUGAUGUGAAGCCCUGGCUAGGGAAGGAAGAGAGCAGGGAGGUAGAUGUGCCAGCACUGAAAGUGAAAGAGGAACCCCAAGAUGAGGAAGACCAAAGCAGUGCCCCCUCCAGGCCUGGCCGGGUGGUACCUGGACUUCCUCAAGAUGUGUCUGUGGAAGACUUACUCAGGGAGCUGAGCUUUGCCAAGGAGAAAGAGCUUUUGUUCUUGCAGCUUCCUGACAUGCUUCCUGGUCAACCUCCCUCCCAGGACAUUAAACCCAUUAAGACAGAGGUUCAAGGAGAAGAUGGGCAAAUGGUGCUUGUGAAGUCAGAGAAAUACCGGGAAGCUAAACUGGCAGAGAACCUAUGUACACUGAGUGACCUGACAGAGGGUCAAGUGGGAAAACUACUUAUCCGAAAAUCAGGAAAGAUGCAACUGCUUCUGGGCAAAGUUACUCUAGAUGUAACAGUGGGUACUUCCUGCUCCUUUUUGCAGGAGCUGGUGUCUGUGGGCAUUGGAGAUAGCAGAACAGGUGAUCUGACAGUGCUGGGCCAUGUAAAACACAAGCUUGUGUGUUCCCCUGAUUUCGAAUCUCUCUUGGAUCACAAACAGCAGUAA